CUAGUUUCUGUAUCAACAACUUUAGUAUUAUUCUCAUACUGGCAUGAAUGUGGGACAGCACAUUACGUGAAGAUGGAUAUGACAUUGCAAAAUAUAUCAUUUUUCAGUGUGAUUUAUAUCUCAUGGUGUCUAAUAUCGCUGAUUUACAGGAGGGAACCAAGAUUGGAAAACCCAAUCUGGGCAUCUCAGCCUUCCUCAAUCCUUUAUUCCUGUGCUUUUGCUGUUUGAUUAUUGGCUCCCCGUUUUCAGUUGGUUUUCCAGGUUCUUCAUCUCCAGCGAAUUACUUUCUUAGGCCGAGGCAUUGCAAGUUGAAGUCUCACGGAGUUCCUGGCUGGCAAGAAAAAAAAAUGUGAAAUUUGCUUAAAGACUGAGUGCAAAUUUUUUUUUUUUUGAGUUGUCUAAAAUUUACCUAUAAUUAUAUAUAAAAGACAUGGAAUUAAUAAUACAUAAAUUGCACACCUUCAAAAAGACUAGACUCUUAAAUAUUUUAAUAAAUUUUUUUCAGCUAACAAUAGAAGGU